CGGUCCACCAUUUUAAAGCCGGCGUCCCACCGGCCUCAACGUCUUUACUCGCCCUUUCGCCCAAUUCCACUCUGAUCACGAGUUCUCUCUCUGAAAUGGCUCCGAAGAAGAAGCAGCAGAAGCACAACUCGUUAUCGUCGUCCUCGUCAUCUAAAGGCAAAUCUCAAUCUGGUCCGAAGCUCCAUAUAACGGCCGAGAACGAGCAGCGGCUCCGCCGGCUCUUGCUCAACUCCGGCCGUUCCGGACCGUCUCAGUCCGUCCAAACUCCCGUCGACGAGUCUCUCUCCAGAGAACAGAAGGCCAAGAAGCUCCGGUCUAUCUACGAGAAACUCUCCUGCGAAGGCUUCUCCGACGAUCACAUUGAACGCGCUCUCUAUGCUCUUAAGGAAAAUGUUACUUUUGAGUCUGCUCUUGAUUGGUUAUGUUUGAAUUUGCCUGGGAACGAGCUUCCCCUGAAGUUUUCUACUGGGGCUUCUCUGUAUACUGAUGGAGGAGGUGCUGUUGGCAUCAUAUCAACUGCAAGUGAAGAUUGGACUCCUGCCGUGGAUUCAUCUGUCAAGAUUGAGGAGGAAACACCUGAAACUACUGUUAGAGUUAAGAGCCAUUCUUAUGAAGAUACUUUAGAUUCUUGCCAGUCGUCCCAGGCAGAUUGGAUCCGAAAAUAUGUGGAACAACAAGAAGAGCAGGAUGAACUUGAAGAGUGGGAAACUGAUCUAGUUGAUAACCAUUCAGCCGAGAAGGUCCCAAAACCAAGGGUUUCUUAUGAUUCUCUUGCCAAAGAAUACCAAAGUGCAAGAUUAGAAGCUAUAAAAGCCAAAGAGAGGGGUGACAAGAAAGGCCAGCAACAAGCAGGCCAAGUUAUUCGCAAACUCAAACAAGAGAUGACUGCUCUUGGACUAUCAGAUGACAUAUUGUCAUCUGGACAUGAGAGUCCUCCCUUUUCUGUAAUGGAGGGCACAUCUUACAGUUCCUUGCCUUCCAAGUCCCCCGAGACUGUUCCAUUUUGCAAUGAAGAUGAUGUGCCACCUGUUAUACAUGCAGUUGAAUCAAAAGUGAAUGGCAAAGAUAGGGACGGGUGCACCUUAAUGGACUGUUCACCUGAGAAAAGUGCUGUAAAUGUUUCUGUCCUGGCUCUUGAGGAGGAACCUGGGAAUGCAGGGCUUGGUGAUUUCUUCUCUGAAGAUGUUUUGAGUGGUCAAGUUUUACCUCCAGCAGUUGUAGAAUUAGAAAAGAAAGAGAAGAUGAGAGAAUUGGCCAGUGGGAGGAAUUUAGAAAAACUAGAAGGUAUAUGGAGAAAGGGGGACCCACAAAGGAUUCCUAAAGCUGUUCUUCAACAACUGUGUCAAAAAUCAGGGUGGGAAGCACCAAAAUACAAUAAAAUUCCUGGGAAAGAAAAUAAUUUUAGCUAUGCAGUUAGCAUAUUGCGUAAGGCUAGUGGGAGAGGCAAGAGCAGAAAAGCUGGAGGUUUAGUUACCCUUCAGCUUCCAGGUCAGGAUGAAACUUCUGGAUCUGCUGAGGAUGCACAAAAUAGAGUUGCAGCAUUUGCUCUCUAUCGCCUGUUUGCAGAUCUCCCUGUCCACCUGCUUAUUACGGAGCCAUAUGCUUCACUUGUUUUGCACUGGAAGGAAGGGGAAUCAUUAAUCAAGAUAAGAGAUGGUGAGGAAGAUCGAAGGGCUACUUUUGUGGAUUCAUUACUAAGUGUUGAAGGCUCUGAAUCAAUUGCUCCUGUUGAUUCCUUGGAUGGCUCUCUUCAAGAAAAAUUUGAAAAGCCUCUUGUGCGAGAAAAUGUUGAUUCAACUGCUUCUCCAGCUGAUCUGAAAGCUGAAAGUCCUGACUUUCAUAAAGAAGUAGAGAGUUCCGGUCUGAAACGGGAACUGGAGAGCAAAAAGAAAAUGCAAAGUUACAAGCGCAUGCUAGAAUCUAGAGCUGCUCUUCCUAUUGCUGAACUGAGGGGUGAUAUAUUGCAAUUGCUGAAAGAUCAUAAUGUUCUUGUUGUUUGUGGGGAAACAGGUUCUGGGAAGACAACCCAGGUCCCGCAAUAUAUAUUGGAGGACAUGAUUGAAGCAGGACAUGGUGGAAACUGUAACAUUAUUUGCACACAACCAAGGAGAAUAGCGGCUAUCUCUGUGGCUGAAAGAGUUUCUGAGGAGCGGUGUGAAUCUUCCCCAGGUUCAAAUGGUUCUUUGGUUGGCUAUCAAGUGCGUCUUGAUAGUGCAAGGAAUGAGAAAACAAAGCUUCUGUUCUGUACAACUGGCAUUCUUUUGAGGAAAAUUGCGGGUGACAAAAACUUGACUGGUGUUACUCAUGUCAUAGUUGAUGAAGUACAUGAACGUUCUCUUCUGGGUGAUUUUCUUCUCAUUAUUUUGAAGAACUUGAUUGAGAAGCAAUCUGCUCAUGGCACCAGAAAAUUGAAAGUUAUUCUUAUGUCUGCUACUGUUGAUCCAGAUCUGUUUUCAAGAUACUUUGGUCACUGCCCAGUAAUUACUGCUCAAGGCCGGACACAUCCUGUCUCAACUUACUUUCUUGAGGAUGUAUAUGAAAAUAUUAACUAUCAACUCGCUUCUGAUUCUCCAGCUUAUCUAAGAGAUGAUAUGUUAAAAAAAGAUAAGAAUGGUCCUGUUAGCAACCACCGAGGGAAGAAAAAUCUUGUCUUAUCUGCAUGGGGUGAUGAAACUUUGCUAUCUGAAGAUUACGUAAACCCGUAUUACACUUCGAGUACUUAUCAAACAUAUGGAGAACAAACUCGACAGAAUCUGAAAAGGUUGAACGAAGAUGUCAUUGAUUAUGAUCUUCUUGAAGAUCUGGUACAUUUCAUUGAUGAGACAUACCCGGAGGGUGCAAUAUUGGUUUUCUUGCCAGGAAUUUCAGAAAUCCAAAUGUUAUAUGAUAAAUUAGCAGCUUCGUAUCAGUUUAGUGGGCAAUCUUCCGAGUGGCUGCUGCCUUUACAUUCCUCCAUGGUUUCAGCUGAUCAAAAAAAGGUGUUUCUUCAGCCUCCUGAUAAUAUACGGAAGGUUAUAAUAGCCACAAAUAUUGCAGAGACUAGUAUUACAAUAGACGAUGUGGUAUAUGUGAUUGACUGUGGAAAGCAUAAGGAGAAUCGAUAUAACCCUCAGAAGAAAUUAUCUACCAUGGUGGAAGAUUGGAUAUCUCAAGCAAAUGCAAGGCAGCGUCGUGGGAGAGCAGGACGUGUAAAACCUGGAAUUUGCUUUUGCUUGUAUACACACCACAGAUAUGAGAAACUUAUGCGUCCAUUCCAGAUACCUGAAAUGCUGCGGAUGCCAUUAGUGGAAUUGUGUUUACAGAUAAAACUACUUUCCCUUGGUAACAUAAAGGCAUUUCUGUUGGAGGCUCUAGAACCGCCAAGAGAGGAGGCCAUAAACUCAGCUAUUUCUGUGUUAUACGAGGUAUCGUUUCAAUAUUCUUUUUGGUUUUGAAAUUAGUGCUUCAGAUAACAAUGCUUGUUGAUUGUGUGCAUUACC